AAAUAACGACUUUAUUGGACCUCAACCGCCAAAAGUAAAGUCGCCUCUUCUCUCAAUUUUUGGCAAUGCAGUUAACUAGUAUUAUUUGGUUGCUAAUUUUUCUUAUAUUAAAUAUUCGAAUCAAAAUACUCUGCUUAGAUAGUUCCACCUUAAAAGCAAAGUGAUAUAUUAACACAAGCACUCCCAGCAGAAAUCCCAAAAUUAUGCUCCUAUAUUCCUCCAUAAAGUUUCCCUAUUUAAUUUUAGGAUCUCGAUUUUAUAAAUGCAUACACCAGAUCUCUUAUUUUCUACAUAAAAACAAUAAUUAUGUGUGGGCCAUACUAAUUAUAAACUUAAAAUAAAUUUAGGGUGAGUGUAAAUUUAAGAUUGAAUUUAGGUAUGUGUAAAUUUUUUUUGUGGGCCCCAUCUAAUUUAGGGGAUCUGCUGGAUGCAUUUUUUUAUCUCAUUUUCAAUUGUUUUAGCCUAAAUUUAGAGUUAGUGAUGCAUUUAGGUGAUCUGUUGGGAGUGCUCAAGUUAAUUGGUGAGUCUAUUUUACGGUGAUGGUGUUAUCGUUGAGGCCACUUAUUACAAGAAGAUUAUAUAACAAGUCAUGCUUAGCUUACGCUGAUUCCACACAAUUUUGUUUGCGGGAAGAAGGUAGAGUCUUUGAAGCCGUGGAAACCAACAUGCUGCAGCUCAACUCACAGCUCAAGGAACUCGUAAAAGCUGGCCACUUGAGAAGCGCCCGUAACAUGUUUGAUGCUUUGCCUCACAGAGAUGAGAUAUCUUGGACGACUAUGAUCUCGGGCUACGUGAAUGCCUCCGAUUCAUCUCAAGCCUUGUCUCUGUUUUCCAAAAUGUGGGUCAUCCCGAAUUCCCGAAUGGACGACUUCCUUCUCAGCCUUGCUCUCAAGGCGUGUGGGCUGAAUGUGAAUCUCAAGUUUGGAGAGACGUUGCACGCCUAUUCGGUCAAAACUGGUUUCGUCAACUCUGUUUUUGUUGGGAGCGCACUGCUUGAUAUGUACAUGAAGAAUGGUAGAGUCUUCGACGGUUGUAGAUUCUUUGAUGAGAUGCCGUUGAGAAAUGUAGUGUCUUGGACUGCCAUCAUCACGGGGCUUGUUCGUGGUGGUUUUAGCUUGCAGGGACUUUCUUAUUUCGCUGACAUGUGGAGGGACGGCGUUGAGCAUGAUUCUUAUACAUUCGCCAUCGCGUUGAAGGCCUGUGCUGAUUUGCAGCUCUUGAAACAUGGCAAGGAGAUUCAUGCUAGGACAAUAAAGAAUGGUGUAGAUACAACCUCAUAUGUGGUUAAUAGCCUUGCCUCCAUGUAUAACAAGUGUGGGAAUCUGGCUUAUGGUUUGCAUCUGUUUGAAAACAUGAGUAAACCUGACGUGGUUUCUUGGACGUCUGUGAUAAAUACGUAUGUUCAGACAGGGAGUGAUCAUCAGGGAAUCCAGGCUUUCGUGAGGAUGAGAGAGUGCGGUGUAUGUCCUAAUGAGUACACUUACGCAGCAGUGAUUUCUGGCGUUGCAAACGUUGCAAGAAUUGUUUGGGGUCGACAAUUGCAUGCACUGGUUUUGCAGGGGGGUCUUGUAGAUUCAUUAUCCGUAGCGAAUUCGCUCAUGACAAUGUAUUCAAAAUGUGGGCAGACUAAUUCAGCUUCAGCAAUCUUUCAUGAAAUGACCAGAAGAGAUAUAAUUUCUUGGAGUACCAUUAUUGCAGGUCAUGCUCAAGGGGGUUACGGAGAGGAGGCCCUCGAACUCCUAUCGUGGAUGAGGAGGGAGGGGCCAAAGCCGACUGAAUUCGCUCUUUCUAGUGUACUCAGUGUCUGUGGGAGUAUGGCCAUUCUUGAGCAGGGUAGACAGCUUCAUGCUUAUGCUCUGACUGUUGGUUUGGAUCAGACAGCGCUGAUACGAAGUGCUCUGAUAAAUAUGUAUUCGAAAUGUGGGAGCUUACAAGAUGCUGAAAAGACUUUCUCUCUGUCACAUAAUGAUGAUAUAGUGUCAUGGACAGCCAUGAUAAAUGGAUAUGCUGAACAUGGACACAGCCGGGAAGCCAUUGAUUUAUUUGAGAAGCUUCGUCAUUUUGGUUUGAGGCCAGACCCCGUUACACUUAUUGGUGUUCUUAGCGCUUGUAGCCAUGUUGGACUCCUUGAGCUCGGUUUUCACUACUUUGAUUCAAUGACUAAAGAGUACGAAAUAGCUCCUUCCAAAGAGCACUAUGGUUGCAUGAUCGACCUCCUAUGCCGGGCUGGAAGACUACAAGAAGCCGAGAAUAUGAUCAAAAGCAUGCCUGUGGAGAGGGAUGAUGUUGUUUGGUCGACUCUGCUUAGAGCCAGCAGAGAACACGGUGAUGUUGAGCGUGCAAGGACUGCAGCAGAGCAACUUCUUCAACGGGAUCCAGAUUGUGCAGGGACCCAUAUCACACUGGCUAAUAUCUAUGCCUCGAGAGGGAAAUGGAGCGAAGCAGCGCAAGUGAGGAAACUGAUGAAAUCAAAAGGUGUUAUCAAGGAAACUGGGUGGUCUUGGAUAAAAAUCAAGGAUCAGGUUUCUGCAUUCGUAGCCGGUGACAGAACUCAUCCACUGUGUGAAGAUAUGUACUGCAUUUUGAAGUUGAUAGCUUCAAAAGAUGAUCUCACAUUCCAGGAACUUGCUUCAGUCCUAUCUGUUACAGAGGGUUAGCAAGUGAUAUGAGAUUCUGAUUUCUGUUCCAUUUACCAGACUAGCCACAAGAUGCAGUGGCUUUUGCUUGAAGUUAAUGUUUCACUAGACUUUCAAGCAAGCAAUUUGUUUCUUUAUUCUGGGCUAUGAGAAACGAUUGAGUUUCUGUCAGCUGUUCUGGUCAAGGAUGGGAACUGGCACCAGAAAAGGGCAUGCCAUCAGUUCUUCCAGCACCAAAAAAAUCAUGCCAUGACAGCAUUUGAGCUGCGAUAGUAUGGAAAUACGAGUCACGACACUUCAGAAAGAGCUCCCGUUUCAAGGAAGUAUGGAUCAAUAUUCUGAUGAUUUCUUGAUGUAUACAAAAGUUGUACUUGUUUGUCAUGGUUUCUUUCAUUGCAUUAAGUAUAACAAGAGAAUGAUUUGUGCUCAUCCAGUUGAGCAAUGAUUUAUGAUCCUAUCAAGAAAAUUCAGAGCUGCAAAAAGAAUAUUAAAGAGAUUUAAUCUGAAUUUUUCUAUACAUCAGUAAGCCAGGACUGGUAACUAUGAAUAACAAAAGAAACAACGAUUCCAAUGGCACCCAAAGUGAUGGCAAUUCUAGCCCACAAGAUGGAUAUGAACCAGUUCAGCACAAAGCUGUUCCAUGACCAGAACCAGAUGCACCCAAAGGUGAAUCCCACGAUUGCUCCCACAACCACUUGGCUAACUGUAUGAAGCCGUUGGGAAAUCCGCAGCCAUGC